AGGAGGGAGCUCGAAUCGCUCUGGGGAGGUAUUAGGUAGUCACUCAGUCUACCUACCUACCUACCUACCUACCCACCUAGUCGUCGAGGGAAAUCAACGUUUAUGAAUGCGCCUGAGACGGGACAGGAGGUAUAAUUGGACUGGCCUCGAACGUGCAGUUCAUAUUACUGCCAACAUACCCGACGGGUCUGAUAAUUACCUACCUAGCCAGUCACUCGCUCACCCGCUCCUUUUUACGCAGCUAGCUACGCAACUCUCCAGGUCACGGCCUGUUUUGCCUUUUUGGAUGCAACGGUCAUUUCCCGCUUAUCUGGCCGUCGACUGCUUUAAUCUCACCCAACUGCAUCUCUCAUCACCACAUUCUUUCGCCUUUUUCCAUAGACCAACCGUUCCUGCCUCAUCUCGCCUCUGGAGAGCGCACGCGCUUUCGCUUUCAAAACGCCUGUUCUUUCGCGCCUUCAUCCGCUCCUUUCUCCUACCCUGUCAAGAACAGGCGCACCUACAUACCUGCCCACCGCCCGAGAUCCGGAUCUGCCCCUUUCCAGAAAGCAUCGCAAUCCUCCGUCGUACCACACUUCGAUUCCCUCUGUUACCGCGCUUCCGAAUUUGACAUCUCGCCGUAUCCCGCGUCCUUCGUCCCAUUACU